AAGCCCGAGUUGCAUUCUGCGGUUCAAACGGCCGUUGGAGCUCAGGCGGGCAGGGCAGGCGUAGCAGACGCGUACCUCCAAAGCACAGCGGGGGGGGGGCCUGCAGAUGAUCACCAGCGCCACAGAGACCACCGAUCCACCUGCACCUACUACUGCAAAGGGACAACAUGAGUCUUGAUGGAGGGCCAUUAUCGGUGAUAGAGAACCCGGGCGCCAUCAGUCAUCCCUUCAACGCUGCGACAAGGGGAGCAGACGCGCCGGCCCCACCCCUCCCUCCGUCGGCACCUCCGCCGCCGCCACCUCCACCACUACUGCCCCCCAUCACCACCGCGACCGCGGUGGUGAUGGGGGGCAGUAGUGGUGGAGGUGAGGGUGGAGGCGGUGGUGGAAGAGGGGGAGUCCAGGGUGUGGGCUGCCACGGCUGGGUGAAGGGGAUUCGUCCUACCAAACCCUCUCACAGACUGGUGCGUCUGCUGGCAGCGGUGUGUGUACUGGGAGUGCUGGGAGGCCUGGCAGUGGGUGUCUGGUUUCUAGUCAGGCUUCUAACGAGGCCCUCGUCGUCGCAGAGCCCCGCGGGGCUGGGAGACACCAAGGAGACGACGUUCUGCAACGUCACCGAGGACGCCUCCGCCUCCGACCCCAGGAAAGUGUUUUACAGGAUCAGCCUGGACAACUCUCUGCUGGAGAUCCAGCUGGGGAAGACGGCCACCUGGCUGCCGGUGUGCUACGAGGGCUGGAACUCCUCCCUGGGCACGCUGGUCUGCCGCCAGCUGGGCUAUUUGAGGCUGACCAAAGACAAAGGAGUGAACCUGACUGACGUCGGGCCCCUCUACACUGACGGCUUCGUCCAAAUCACCGCAGAGCACAAGAGCAGUCUGGAAAGUUUAUGGCAAUUUAGGGGGAGCUGUAGCACAGGGAAGGUCAUAGCGUUGAAAUGUUUUGAGUGUGGAACCCGAGCAAAGCUGCCCAGGAUCAUAGGAGGAGGGGAGGCUCCACUGGGGAGGUGGCCCUGGCAGGUGAGCCUGUACUACAGCAACCGCCACACCUGCGGGGGAUCCAUCAUCACCAGCCAAUGGGUGGUCACAGCCGCCCAUUGUGUGCACAACUACCGGCUACCUCAGGUGUCCAGCUGGAUGGUGUACGCGGGCAUGGUGACCCGCACCACCAGUAAGAUGGCCCAGGACACGGGCUACGCCGUGGAGAAGAUCGUCUACAGCCGCAACUACAACCACCGCAGCCACGACAGCGACAUCGCCCUCAUGAAGCUGCGGACGCCGCUCAACUUCUCUGACAUCAUUCGGCCCGUGUGCCUGCCCAAAUACAACUUUGAUUUUCCGGGGGGAACCCAGUGCUGGAUCUCUGGAUGGGGGUACACACAGCCUGACAACGUGUACAUCCCGGACACCCUGAAGGAGGCCGCCGUCCCCCUCAUCAGCACCAAGCGCUGCAACAGCUCCUGCAUGUACGACGGGGAGAUCACCGCCCGCAUGCUCUGUGCCGGCUACUCCGAGGGCAAGGUGGACGCCUGUCAGGGCGACAGCGGGGGGCCCCUGGUGUGCCAGGACGAGGGUGUGUGGCGGCUGGUGGGCGUGGUCAGCUGGGGGACGGGCUGCGCAGAGCCCAACCACCCCGGGGUCUACACCAAGGUGGCCGAGUUCCUGGGCUGGAUCUACGACAUGAUGGAGAAGUAUUGAGGAUGAGGAAAUGGAAGACGGACAAAAUGCUGGGAUCAACAUAAGGGAAAACAAAGCUACCGAUAUUUUAUACAUAACACCAUAGUCAAACAGUUUUUGCUAUUCAUGUAAUAUAAUGUACAUUAAACCACAUUUGUGCAGUAUAUAUUAUAUAUAUAUUAAAGCCAGAUAUUUCUUUCUGUUAUAUUUUUCAUGUCAUGAAAAUAAAUA